AUGGGCUCUGCACGAGCAUCCCGGAUAGGGCUUGUGGGAGGGCGGGGGAUGUUGGCAUUGCUGCUGGCCAGUCUCCUCCUGCAAGGGACCUUGGCCAAGAGCAUUGGGACCUUCUCAGACCCCUGCAGGGACCACACGAGUAUCACCUCCCCCAGUGACCCCUGUCUCCUGGGGAAGGGGAGCUCCAGCAGCUUCAGUAGCCAAAGUGGCUCCAGCAGUUCCAGCAGUUUUCUUUCGAGUUCCAGUGGCUCCCAUGGUGGCUCCCGUGGUGGCUCCAGUGGCGGCUCCAGUGGCUCCCGUGGCGGCUCCAGUGGCGGCUCCAGCGGGUCCAUUGCUACCCAGGGUCGUUCUUCAGGAUUUCCGUUAUUUAAGCCAGGAACGGGGUAUUCGCAGAUAAGCUACUCCUCUGGACCUAGCCCUAGUCUACAGGGUGCAUCUAGUUCCUCCCAAUCAGGAAGCCUCAGCUCCCAGUCUGGAGGAGGCUCGAGCUCUUCUGUUUCCCAGAUCUCCUCGAUGUCCAGCAGCAGUGGCCAGGAGGUCAACGCCAAGCUGAGUCCCUGUAGUUCCAACAUCCCUGACUCUCCCUGCAGUGGGGGACCCAUCGUCUCGCACUCUGGCCCCUACAUCUCCAGCUCCCAUUCUGUGUCUGGGGGUAAAAUGCCUGGAGUGCUGGUGGUGGAGCAGCACGGCUCUGGUGGCCCCAGAGUGGGUCAAAGCGUCCCCUGUAGCAAUGGUGGCCUUCCGGGGAAGCCCUGCCCCCCCAUCACCUCUGUAGGCAAAUAUGGCAGCUAUGAGGUGGUGGGUGGCUCCUCUGACAGUUAUCUGGUCCCAGGCAUGACCUACAUCAGGGGCAAAAUCUACCCGGUGGGCCACUUCAUCAAAGAGCACCCCAUCAAAGGCUCUCCAGGGGUUCCCUCCUUUGCAGCCGGGGCCCCCAUCUCUGAGGGCAAAUACUUCUCCAGCAUCCCCAUCAUCCCCAGCCACAGCUCUUCUAGUUCCAACAUCUACCAGUCGGGAGCUUCCUCGGCCAUUGUGUUCCAGCCGGUGGGCUCUGGUGGGGUCCUGCCCUAUGGCGUUGGCUCCAAGGGCUCUAAGGAGCCCUGCUCCCUCUCUAGCUCUGGAGUCCACAGCAGCUCUAGCCUUUCCAGCAGUUCUGGUUCAUCUUUCCAGCCCUGUGGUGGUGUUUCCCAGAGGCCCAGCUCCUCACCAGGCACUGGCUCCUUCAGUGGCAGCUCCAGCUCCCAAUCCCAUGGCAAAAUCAUCCUCCAACCCUGUGGCAGCAAGUCCAGCUCUUCUGGUCACUCUUGCAUUUCUGUCUCCUCUUCAACAUUGAGUAGGCGUCAAGCUGGCUCUUCCCAACAUGACCCCUCAGCUGGUGCCAAGCCCUGUGGCUUUGGCAGCUCUGGAACGAUCCCCUGCCACUCCAUCCGGGACAUCCUAACCCAAGCGAAACCCCUGGGGCCCCAGCUAGCUGACCCUGAAGUUCUCCUACCCCAGGGAGAGUUACCUAACAGUCCAUAA